AUGGAUAUUACAAAUUCUUCAGGAUACAGAGAUUUCAUAUGGGCAAUUAGACUACAUCGUUUAGCAUUCGAAAUGGUGGGCUUAUGGCCUAAAUCCAACAAAUGUACUAAGAAAAGUUUGUGGCCAGAAAUUUGGGUUGGCAUAAUUUUUAUUUUAUUAAUAUUUGUUUCUAAUGUUCCGAUGAUAUAUGCAGUCAUACAAGUUUGGGGUAAUAUGGUACUUGUGAUAGAUAAUUUGCAUACAACGAUACCUCAAGUAAUAACAUCAGUGAAAUACAUUAUUAUUCGGCGAAAACGAAAAGUUCUCUUAUCAAUUGUAAAUAUGAUGGCAGAAGAUUGGAUGGCAUUCAAGCUGGAUAGAGAAAGAAAUGUGAUGAUAAAAUGUGCAGGAACAGCGCGAUUAAUUAUGAUGAUUGGAUACGUCAUCGUAUUUUUAUCGUUUUUAACAAUAAACAUUCUUUCUUUUUUUAAUAUACACGUAAUGUACGCGAAUUCCACAGAUCGACGCAAAUCAUUACCACUGGAGACGUAUCACUUCUACGAUACAGAUAAGAGUCCACAAUUUGAGUUUACAUUUAUCAUUCAGGCUGUAACGACAUUGUUGAUAGCUACCAUUUACAUGUCUGUAGAUAUCUUUCUCAUUGUAAUGAUUCUUCAUAUUUAUGGUCAGUUAGAAAACUUUAGAUAUCGAUUAAUUAAUUUGAUUUCAUGCAAAAAUUUCAAUAAAGUUUUGAAUGAUAUCGUAGUGACUCAUUUACGGCUUAUCAGGUAUGAAUUUUUGCUAGGGAAAACCUAA